AUGUCAUUUUGGAGAUUCAUCACCGAUGGAUCUCAUGCAAGCGCUGUCACCCUGCUUGAUGGUUUCAACCCCUGGCUUCACCAGCUUUGCCCCAGCCUUUGCCCGACCUCCUUUGGAUCUUCGCAAAUCGAUCUUUCAUUCAUCAUGAUUCCUCAACAAGAACAACCACCAAUGCGACAAUAUCCUGGCCUGGCGAACAUUGCGUUGUUACCUGUCCGCACCCUUCUACUAUCCGUCCCCACAGAUAUAGUGCAGUGCUUCAACACAAUGGUUGCUCUGACAUAUCCAAGACAGGCUCUCGCGUAA